AUGUCGGGCAGGCAGAGCCGUGGAGGGUCGUCCCAUCGUCAGAGCCGGACCUGCCGUCGCACAGCCAGAGCUGAGCUGGUGUUCUCGGUGAGCCACAUGGAGCGCCUUCUGCGGGAGGGCCGCUAUGGCCCGCGGCUGAGCGGCAGUGCCCCCGUUUUCCUCGCGGCCGUCAUCCAGUACCUGACGGCCAAGGUCCUGGAGCUGGCAGGCAACGAGGCCCAGGACAGCGACAGGAGGCGCAUCACCCCGGAGAUGGUGGACAUGGUCAUCCACAACAACCCGCUGCUAAGUGGCCUCUUCAGGACGACCAUCGUGUCCCGGGUGGCCCCGGGCCAGGAGUAGCUGCUGACACCUGGCUCCCGGGCCUCGGCCGUCCUUCCCCCCA